AAUCGAACGAGAUUGCCUUGUAAACAGCGUCGGCAUGAAUGUUCCCGUAAAGCCAAUCGACAGAUGGUCAAGAAGAAUCCGUCGUCGUCUUCUGGUGGCAUCGACUUUCGAAUCUCUUCACCGAACAUUUUCACUCGAAAUGGAAGUAGGUUCAACAGAAAAAACAUGCUUAUUAUUGAAGAUGUGAAGACCAAGAUGUUGUGGCCUCUGGUAUGUCUGACGGAAACAUCUCUGGAGCCACUGCAGGUCCAGUUGCGAGAGGUGGAACAAAGUGUGGCCAGAAAUAAACAAGCGAUCUUGGAUGUGAAGUCCCGGAUUUGUCAAAACGACGAGCGCAUACAGCGUCUUCUCUCGAAGGCGUCCGGCUUGACGUACUAA